AUGGAAUUUGCUAGAAGCAAAAAAGGGAUUUAUGUAUCCCAAAGAAAAUACACUCUUGAUCUCCUAAAUGAGACAGAAAUGCUAGAAAGUAAACCUAGCAAAACUCCAAUCAAGCUUGGAGACAAGAGGAAAAUGUUUGAAGGAAGUCCAGUUGACAAAGGGAGGUACCAGCAACUAGUAGGGAAGCUUAUCUACCUCUCACAUACAAGACCUAAUAUUGCCUUUGCAAAAACACCAAGAAAAUGUCUUUUCUUCAGAAAGACGACCGAGAGGAAGGUUGAAGUAUUCACAGAUGCAAACUGGGUUGGGUCAAUUGAUGAUAGAAAGUCUACAUCUAGGUAUUGUAUAGUUGUAUGGGGUAAUGUGGUAGCAUGGCGAAGUAAAAAGCAAACAGUGGUUGCAAGAAGCAGCGCAUAA